GCAGCAUUUCAUUGAGCUCUAACAACCCUACGAGACAAGGUGUUUUCAUCUUGUUUUAAAGUGAAGAAACUCAGCAUAAGGUGACUUCCCAAUUCUAGCUAGGAUAUAGAAGAGCUGGGAUAUGAACCCUCAUUCAUUUUCUACCCAACCACACGAAUUUUCCUCAUAUUCCACUCUAAUAUUUGGUGUUGGUUUUAUAGAACUUUUCUGCAGCAUCCAGCACAGUGAGCUGCCCCUUGGCGCCCUCAGGAAGCGUUUGUCGGUAAAUGUGGAGUGACUGACCAUGUGGACCCUGUCUUUCCAGGGUUUCUUGGAGCCACUGCAGAGUCCAGGGCCCAGGCCCCUUAGUGGAAACUGCAGAUCUUCUUUUCAACCCCAGCUCACCUCGCCCCAGAAGCUCCGGUUGAGUCGACAGAUGCCAGCUCGGCUUCCAGCUCUUGGGAAGAGUGCAGUUGUCAGCAAAAGAGCCUGAGGGCUGAGGUCCAGUGCAAACAUGGCAGCUAGCAGGGACUCUCCCCUGUGGUCUCCAGCUCUGGCUGCAAAGGGACAUGGCAGCUCAUGUGAGGUGAGGAGGGAGAGGACCUCAGGUACAACAAUUCAUCCAGUGAGGAGAUACCCCUUACCUGUCCCCAGGGCCUCAGGCAGGGGCAGAUGUCAGUGUCAUUUGAGGAUGUGACCGUGGACUUCAGCAGAGAGGAGUGGCAGCACUUGGACCGUGCUCAGAGACACCUGUACUGGGAUGUGACACUGGAGAACUACAGUCACCUGCUCUCAGUGGGGUACCAAAUUCCCAAACCAGAGGCUACCUUCAAGUUGGAGCAAGGAGAGGGGCUGUGGACAUUGGAGGUGGAAGCCCCUCAUCAGAGCUGUUCAGAUGAGACUGCUGGGAAAACUCAACAGGGAAUUUCUGAAAAAGUUUCAUUCUACUGUGAGAGAUUUGAUCGGCCCAUAGGACAAGAUUCAUUGUGUUCCAUUUUACAAGAACUGUGGCAAGAUAAGGACCAGCUAGAAAGAUGUCAGGAAAACCAGAAUAACUUUUUAAGUCAUGUGAAAGUAUUGAUUAAGGAGAGUGACUAUGAAUGUAAAAACAUGAAAAAAAUAAGUCAUGUGACUACCAAGCUUGUUCCUUCAAUUAAAAGACUCCAUAACUGUGACACAUUUGGAAAGAGUUUGAGGCAUACUUUAACCUUACAUAAUCAUCAUAGAAACAGUUCAACAAAGACUCGUGGUAAGAUUUUUGGAAAUGAUAACAAUUUUACCCAUAGCUUUUCUUCUACUAAGAAUGAGGAAACUAAGACAGGAGCAAAUUCCUUUGAACUUAAUCAAUGUGAAAAACAUCUCAGCUACAAACAAGCUCUCAUCCACCAUCAGAAAAUGGAUACUGAGGAGAAACUUCAUGUGUAUACUGAAUGUGUAAAGGGCUUCACCCAGAAGUCACAUCUCUUUGGGCAUCAGAAAAUUCAUGCUGGAGAAAAGUCCCAUGAAUGUGACAACAGUGACAAAGUCUUCACUCAGAAGCCACAAGUGAACAUACAUCAGAAUGUUUAUACAGGAGAAAAACCGUAUCUCUGUAUUCAAUGUGGGAAGGCCUUUACCCUCAAGUCAAACCUCAUUACACAUCAAAAAAUCCAUACUGGGCAGAAACCCUAUAAAUGCAGUGAAUGUGGAAAAGCCUUUUUCCAGAGAUCAGAUCUCUUUAGACAUCUGAGAAUUCAUACAGGAGAAAAACCUUUUGAAUGCAGUGAAUGUGGAAAAGGCUUCUCCCAGAACUCAGACCUCAGUAUACAUCAGAAAACUCAUACUGGAGAGAAGCACUAUGAAUGCAGUGAAUGUGGUAAAGCCUUCACAAGAAAAUCAGCACUCAGGAUGCAUCAGAGAAUUCAUACGGGAGAGAAACCUUACGUAUGCACUGAAUGUGGAAAGGCCUUCAUCCAGAAAUCACACUUCAAUACACAUCAGAGAAUUCAUACCGGAGAAAAGCCUUACGAAUGCAGUGACUGUGGGAAAUCAUUCACUAAGAAGUCACAACUCCAUGUGCAUCAAAGAAUCCACACAGGAGAGAAACCCUAUAUCUGUACAGAAUGUGGAAAGGUCUUCACUCAUAGGACCAAUCUCACUACACAUCAGAAAACUCAUACUGGGGAAAAACCCUAUAUGUGUGCUGAAUGUGGGAAGGCAUUUACUGAUCAGUCAAAUCUCAUUAAACACCAGAAAACUCACACUGGAGAGAAACCCUACAAAUGCAAUGGCUGUGGAAAAGCCUUCAUAUGGAAGUCACGCCUCAAAAUACAUCAGAAAUCCCAUGUUGGAGAGAGACACUAUGAAUGCAAAGAAUGUGGGAAAGCCUUUAUCCAAAAAUCAACACUCAGUGUGCAUCAGAGAAUCCAUACAGGAGAGAAACCCUACGUUUGUCCUGAAUGUGGAAAGGCUUUUAUUCAGAAAUCACAUUUCAUUGCACAUCAUAGAAUUCACACUGGAGAGAAGCCCUAUGAAUGCAAUGACUGUGGGAAGUGCUUCACUAAGAAGUCACAACUCCGCGUGCAUCAGAAAAUCCACACAGGCGAGAAGCCCAAUAUAUGUGCAGAGUGUGGGAAGGCCUUCACAGACAGGUCAAAUCUCAUAACACACCAGAAAAUCCAUACUAGGGAGAAACCCUAUAAAUGCAGUGACUGUGGAAAAACCUUCACCUGGAAGUCACGCCUCAGUAUCCAUCAGAAAUCUCAUACUGGAGAGAGACACUAUCAAUGCAGCAAAUGUGGGAAAGCUUUCAUUCAGAAAGCAACACUAAGCAUGCAUCAGAUAAUUCAUACAGGAAAAAAACCUUAUGCUUGUACAGAAUGUCAGAAAGCCUUCACUGACAGAUCGAAUCUUAUUAAACACCAGAAAACACAUAGUGGAGAAAAACACUAUAAAGCCAGUGAAUGAAAAAGCCUUCACCUGGAAAUCACAACUGGGUAUGCAUCAGGUGUCUCAUAGUGGAGGAGAGGAAUGCCUGAUGCUGCAACCAUUGUGUAGGAGGGAGUAGAUAUGAGAGACUGGCUUGAGUGAACAGAAGGCAAACAGAGCCAAGUAUCCUUCGGUACAUUGGAAACAAACUCCUGCAUCACUGCAAUUCUA